ACCAUUUAUUCCGUCAUAUUGCGGCGUCAGAAUUACGCAAUUGGCCGGAUACUGGAGGUUCCGGCUGAGAUUGUGCAGGUUCCGCCAACAUGUCGCCGUCGUUGGGAAGAGGAAACGAUUGCAAUUCAAUUUUGGGCGGAAAAAUCAUAUAACUAUCAAGAAAUCAAAUUAAUUAUGAUGGGCCCACUUUCAUGUUUAUUUAUAUAAUCAUGUAAAAGACAUUUAUACCCCUGUUUUUGGACAUAUAUUCCCAGUUUGCCAUAGUACCGGAGAGAGGGGAGUUUAUUUCAUGUUCUGAGCACUCCUCCAAAUUCCAAACCCUUUACUUCAAUUUUCUGGAAAAAAAAAAAGGAAGUUGUGAAUAAAAUUGAGAAAUUAGGGUUUUCCGAUUAAAUAUGAGCGAUGGAGGUGAGAAGAUUAAGAGAGAGAAUGAAGAUAAUGACAGCAAAAGAGAUAGAAGAGCAAUAUUAUCAAUUGAAAGAGCUGAACCUGACGAUUAUGGUCGAGCUGUUUCGAAGAUGGCAGUUGCCCAGAUUUGCGAAGGGGUUGGUUUUGAAGCCAUCAAACAAUCUGCUUUGGUAGCAAUUUCUGAUAUUGCGGUUCGAUUCAUUUGCGACUUAGGCAAAUCUGCUUCUUUUUAUGCUAAUUUAGCUGGUAGAUCAGAAUCCAACCUUUUCGACAUUGUUAAGGGUUUGCAAGAUUUUUCUGGGUUUUCUGAGAACAAUAUUGUUGAUCAGAUGUCUGGUUUUGUGCGCACUGUUGAAGAUAUUGAAAUCCCUUUUGCACACCCAAUUCCAAGGUUUCCUGUUCCUGUCACGAAAAAUUCAAGGAAAUUGCAAACGCCAAGCUUCUUGCAAAUGGGUGAAACUCCGAGCAGUAAGCAUAUACCCGAUUGGUUGCCGGCUUUUCCAGAUCCUCAUACUUAUAUUCAAUCACCUGUUUGGAGUCAAAAGAAAUUGGAUCUUCGGAUUAGUAAAGGGGAGCAAGCCAGACAGAGAAGAAAGGCUGAGCGAUCCUUGUUGAAUUUGCAGCAACGCUUGUUAUCCAAUGGUUUAGCUGGACCUUCAGGGUCAGGCCCUCCUCAUGUUAAUGAUGGGGAGAGGAGUAUGGGAGUUCCGAUAGGGGAUAACCCGUUCCUCGCCCCGCCAUUGCCGCCACCACCACCACCUGGGAAGAAUGCUUAUGAAAAUGGUGUUAGUGAGAGGAAACAUGUGUUGGUGAAGGAGACGUUUGCUCCUGCCAUUGAUGCCCUGAAGGGGAAUACCGAUGAUGGAGGAUUGGAUACGGAUGCAAUGGAGAUAGAUAGGAGAGUGGUUCCGAAUUCGAUUCCAGUGAAAAGGAGGCCAGUGGUAAAUUUCAAGUUGAAGGCUGGUAAGAAAAUGUUAGUAGAGGAUUUGGAUAUACAUCUUAGGAGCAAGGUUAGUGAAAAGAGGACAUCAAUGUUGGGAAGGGAUGAUGAUAAGGAUGACAAGAAAAGGAGAGCUGAAUUCAUUCUAAGGCAGUCUUCAAUGGAUAAUCCUCAGGAACUGUCUCAGAUGUAAAUUAGAUUUUAGCUGCCUUUCUGUAAUUGGAUUCUUUGUAGGUAUAGGAAAUACCCUCAGGCCAGUUUCUGAAUGGGGUGAUUGUAUUUUACACAUUGGUACGUCAUCUUUCUAGCUUUUAGAUUGUAGCUGUAUUUUUCUCUCUCCCUUGACAAUUUUGGAGACACUUGUACUACAAUUCUUUGAAAAUUGAGUCUUUUUUCAUCUUUGUAACUUCCUGAUAUCCAAAAAAUACAAAUUAAUUGUAUUAUUUGAUGUAGUGUUGAUGAAAAUUAAGUUUCU